AUGACUCGCAGCAUGCCAACACGAUUUGAAUGUUUAAAACUUGAAGACCACCCAAAAAGGAAUCUUAAGAGCUCAUUAAGGUUAAAGAAAAAAGAUAUUUCGGGGAGAAAGAUGGAACUCUUAAAUCUUCAAGAUCUUAAAGUUGUUCUUAUACUUAAAAGUAAAAAGUAUUUAAGCGAAGAGGUUCACGUUCCUGAUCACUUUCAAAUCUUUUUACCUGAGAUGUGA